AAACUCGAACACCCUCUCCAUUGUUCUCUCUUCCCUCCUCGAAGUCUUUUCCCUCCCAUUCUCUCUUCCCGCUUCCGACCUACUUUCGCCUCUCGAGUGUCCGAAGAUGGGGAAAUACAUUAAGAAAUCAAAGAUUACCGGUGUUAUCGACUCUAUGGAAGCCACUGAAGCAGCAUCUUUGGGCGUUCGCACCAGAGCCGCCGCUAAAACCCUAGCCUUGAAGAGGCUUAAUUCCUCCUCCGCCCCCGACUCCUCUUGCUAUCUCCAGCUCCGUAGCCGCCGUCUCGAGAAACCCCCGUCGCUGGUUGAACCGAAACAGCUUAAACCGGGGAUUAAAGAGUCUGGUUCGAAGAUUGACUCGGUUAACUCGAGCGUAGCUGGUUCGGGUGAUGAAUGUUUUUGUGGAGAGAACAGUCCUGAGUUUCAGACAAGACAAAGCACAAGGGAGAGCACGCCUUGUAACUUUGUUGAGGAUCUGGAGAUCAUUGUUACACCAGGGUCUAGCACAAGGUCGAUGCGUACACCAACGAAAGAUAGCACGGUCCCAACCAUUGGUGAACUGGAGGAGUUCUUUGCCUAUGCAGAGCAGCAACAGCAGAGGUUAUUCGUGGAGAAGUACAACUUCGAUAUUGUGAAUGAUGUGCCCCUCACUGGACGCUACGAGUGGGUACAAGUCAGUCCAUGAAGUUCAAAAGGAAGCAAGCUUUUGUGAUAUGGUGUGAAGUAAGAAUGUAAUGAAUUAGACAGAUUAACCGAACAUCAAAAUCCUUUAAACAGGAGUGUAAUCUUAAAAAGUAAUAAUGUGGUUAGAGAACAAGUUGGAAAGUAGUUUUAGGGACAUGAACCUCAUACCAUUUGUACUAAUCUCUUUUGAGGAUUUAGAUGCUUAGUGAAUUUGUUUGCUCAUCUUUU